AUGCCUUUAACGCGUCCGAAUAUAACAAUUAUUCUUGCUUAUAUUGUUAUUGGAUUAGCUUUAAGUGCAAUUAUAUUUAUUGUACUUUCAAUAAGUACUACCCAUUGGAUACAUACAAUACAUAUGCGAGCUGGAUUUUGGAAACUGUGUCAUUUACAACCAUUGGCAUGUUUUCAUUCUGUUUUACGUUCGCCAGCUGCUUUAUCAUUAACUGGACUGUUUUUAAUUGUUAUCGAAUAUUUUCUUUUAUUAAAGAUAAAUAUUAGUUUUAUGUCCAGUUCCCGUUCUUCUCUAAAUAACCAAGAAUCUGACAAUAAAGAUUUGUCUAUUGAUAUGUCAACAAAAUUAUUAAAUAAAAUAUCUGGUCUAUCAUCAUCAACUAUUUUAUUAAGUGAUUCACCAUCAUCAUUAAAAGAAUCUGGACAAACAGCAGUUAAUAAACGUGUUGUUAAAUCAUGUUUUUUCUCCACAGUUAUAUUUUCAAUAAAUUUUAUUUCAUCAAUUCUUGUUAUUAAUUUAGCGAAAUGGAUUUAUGUUAAACAUCAUUUUCCUAAUUUAACAUUAACAACAUUAAAUUUUUUUGUAACUUUUUUUCUUUUGAUUGCUUGUAUGCAAGCAAAAGUAUUUACUUAUGCUAAAUUACCAAUUUUUAAUAUGAUUCCUGUAUCCGCCUGUUUUGGUGGCUUUAUCGCAUUCAGUAAUCUUUCACUUCAAUAUAAUACUGUUGGUACAUAUCAACUUAUUAAAUUGCAAGUAACACCAACUGUGAUGGUGAUUAGUUGGUUAUUUUUUAAAGCACACUAUCCAUUACCAAUUGUAAUUUCAUUCAUUCCGGUUUUUGUUGGAACAUUAAUUAGUACUUAUUAUGAUUUACAAUUUAAUGUAUUUGGUCUUUUUUGUGCUGUUACAUCUGUAGUAUUUACUGCUAUGUAUCAAAUACUUGUUGAGUAUUAUCAAAAAGCAUACAAUUGUGAUUCAUUACAGUUAUUAUUUUAUCAAGCUCCACUUUCUGGUCUAUUACUAUUAUUUUUUGUACCAUUUUUUGAACCAAUAUCGGAUUUAGAUAAAUUUAUGACAACUGAUAUUAUUUUUUUAGUAUUACUUUGUGGUGUUGUUGCAUUUUUUGUUAAUUUUAGUAUUUUUUGGGUUAUUGGAAAUUUAUCAGCUGUUGCAUAUAAUAUGAUUGGACAUUCGAAAACAUUAUUAAUUAUAUUUAUUGGUUCAUUUAUAUUUCAUGAACCACUUAAUCAAAGACAAAUAUUUGGUUUAUGUUUUACAAUGCUUGGAGUUUUUCUUUAUACAUAUUUUAAAUAUAUUAGAAAAGCAGAUAAAUAA